AUGAAAGUGAACGCUGACGGUGAAAGUAUGGAUGAAUUUUUUGUGAACUCGAUUCAACACAGUGCCACGCGCUCAAACCAGGCUAUCGGUAAAGCAACAGUAUCGUUGCGCAAUCGAAGGAAUCUUGCUACCUCGAGUCCUUCAGCCGAGUCUACUAUCCCAAGCGAUGCACCGUCAUCGAUGCCAUCCAUAGUGCCAUCGGAGAAUCCUAGUUCGCUUCCAUCUCGAGAUCCGAGUGUGAUGCCUUCGGCAAUGCCCUCUGUGGAACCUAGCCUACGACCGUCUGUGCGACCCUCACUACAACCAUCAAUGAACCCGUCUAAUAUACCUUCCCUUGUACCAUCUGAGGCACCAUCAACUUCACCCAGUUACGAACCGAGGACUGUGGUUCGUCCCUACAACCUUGCACACGAUAAAUGGGCACUGGCAGCUGUCAUUGGUGGAACAUUGGCGGUUGUGGUGUCGAUUGCCUGUUAUCUUUAUUGGUUCCGAUGCCGUCGCCAGGUUGGAAUUGUCCGACACAGGCCCGAUGCCCUGACUACCAAAGAUGCACAGAAACGACAGGAUCGAAGCAGUAUUGUACCUCCCCGUAGCGUUGAUUCAAAUCGGCAAUCUCUUGCUGAUACCUCGAGUGGAGAUCCGAUUCUUCUUCGUUUGCCAACUCGAUCUGGAGAAAAAAGACAGCAUGGACGUCCUGUUGGUCAAAUUGAUAGUAUUGAUGAGAACAGCCUGUAUACUUCCACUUACUCGACGAGAAAGGAACCUUCUGUUUCGCUUCAUUCAAGACAAUCGCAUAUUUCUCAACCCGGCAGUGAUUCACUGACACUUGAAGUUGCUGCGCUCUUUCCAUCAUCAAAUCAUUCAAGAAGCGAGUCUCGUCACAGUUCUGUCACAUCGGCAUCGCGCUCGAGCAAACCACACUUGAAGGAGCUAAGAGGAAUCGGACCCCUCAGUCUUGACAGUCCACAGAAGUACUCCUCUAUUGCUCAGGCGAAACGACUACCAACAGCACAACAUCGAAACCAGCGAAAGGGAAGAGUGGCUUUUGGUCAAGAUACUGCAUUCACUGCUGAAGGCUCCAUGUCAUCACGUAGGUCAUAUGCUUCAAGGUCCCAACGUUCGUAUUCAUCUCACAGCGCAACAGCAAGAUCGCACAAGCGACCAGAACGCCUUCUUGACAGUGUCCAUCGUCGCCAAGAUUCACUGGGCAACUAUUCUAAAUCUUCUCACAACAGUUCGAGUCGGUUUGGACGAGAGAACAGUUCCAUCCACAAGAGCGUCGAUGGAACUGAAUCGAGCCUCGUGGUGUCCCACAUUUCAGACAAGGAUUUUCUAGCAGAUAUGCAAAGCCUCGAUAGCAAUGAAUCACCGUCUUCCGCCUCUGGCCGAUCUUUUUCGUCAAGGUCUUCAAGACGAAAAGGUGGACCUCUUGCUGACUUUUUGGAAUCUAUGAUGAAGUCAAGCUCCCACUAUCGAAGAACAAUUCCUCAAGUGACACCAGAAGAGGGAGAAUUUUUGCCCGACAACGAUGGGGCAUCUAGCAAGAAAAUAAUUCGAUGCACCUCUCUUCCCCCUUCUAAGCGUUCCACUUCUCGUACAGGAAGAGGGGGCAACGAAGAUGCUUUCAGCGAAUCUUCUAGUGAUAUGACAGAAAAUGAAAGAUACCACGACCAGAGAAGUCCAAGAAAGGUAUUCACUCAUGAGAACAUCCAAGAAAAAGGUCCUGUUGUACGCAAAGUCACUCCACCGAGCUCUGCAUCUAGUGACUCCAGUUACAGAGAUUUGGGCCUGUUGCAAGUCGCAGACUUUGACUAUUCGAACAAUGGGCAGAAAUGGGAGAAGGCUGAAAGUGUGGUUGACUUUUCAGGAGACAAUGCGUCUCAAUCAUCCCACUCUUCUGAAAAGUCGCCUGGUAAUGACUGGCUCUUUGACGCUGUGGAACAGGCUUUGGGUCCGAGAUCAAUGAGUGCCGACAUGGAAUCGCUUGGAGGCAAAUCAUCCUCCGCUCGAUCCCGUAGUCGUGAAAGAUCUCGUUGCCGAAGCUCUUCUCUAGAUGCACGCUCUAGAACCCCUAGAGCUUUGGAGCAGGAAAAGGAGAGAUUGGAGAUUCAGUUGGCGUCAUUGGAGGGCGAGCAAAUGUCUGUGACGUCCUUUGUGGCAUCCAGUGCUGCUAUGAGCUUCUCGACGAUGGGUUCUAGAAGUCUUCAGCCGAAGGUUAGUAGCAAGAAGCGAAUUGUUGUGGUCGUGCCACCUGGAAGGCUAGGUGUAGUUCUAGCGAACCGUAAUAGUGGCAAGGGAACGAUCGUCGCCGAGGUCCGAAAAUCCAGUGUGCUCUACGGAAUGAUCUCGCAAGGAGAUCGAAUGGUGGCUAUUGAUGGAGAAGAUGUCACUGCAAUGACAAUGGGUGAGAUCACGGCCAUUAUGAUGGAGAAGUCAGACCAUGACCGACGACUGACGCUGUUGACUUCGGUCGACAAAACAAGCAAGCAGUACAGGCAGCCAUAG